AUGAACCCUGUUAGCGUUGGGCAGUACCAUGGGCUACGGGUGGGCUCAGGCCUGCUCGGCAUUGUGGCAGGAUGCAUCAUCAUCGGGGUGUCCAGGGAGUGUGAUGCCGAUGCUGUGGGAGGCAUCUUCCUGGGAGCAGGGGGCCUCGGCCUGCUCAUAUCGAUAUACCCCUUCGUAAAAGCUUGGCUGAACCUCAACAAUAUUCUCCCAUCCUUUGGAAACUUCAGAGUUCAUCCCACGGCUGCCAAUCCUGCCCCGGAACAACCGAUAGAAACUCUCAGACGAGAAGUGACUCAGAGUCAACUAAAUCUGGAACGUUGUAAGAGUCGUAUGGGAACCUUUGUGGAGGGCGGACCAAUGGCCGAGACCAGCCCAGAAGAGGGGACGUCUUCAGAGAUGCCAGACGUCUUGUCUCGGCGGAAACAGAAACAAUCCUCCUCUGAUCAAGACCUGCCUUGA